GAAAUAGAUGGAGCUAGGAAGGGAGUACUUUCUCUCUCUCUCUCUUUGUCUCUCUUCUCAUUUUUACGGAGUACUUGUUAAAUUAUUAGGCCACACUCCAAUUCUAUCUCCCACACCAAAAUCUACUUCUCUCUCUCUCUCUCUCAUGGAAGGUCCUUAGUUUUUCUCUCCGCUGUCCGAAUUUCUCCUGUAAUCCUCAACUUCCGCUAAUUCACUGUUUUACUAAGUUAAGAACUGGACUAUAACCUAAAAACUUGAUGUCUGCACCUCUGCUCGGUGUUGGUGGGGACGAGUAUCAAAGCAACAUUACCUUGCUGGCUUCUUCAACCUCCUUGGAAAGUGUCUGCCAAAAUGGAUCAGAACUCAAGGAGCGGAACUACAUGGGGCUAUCUGACUGUUCAUCUGUUGAUAGCUCGACAAUAUCCAGCACCUCAGAAUACAGUCCCAGUGGUCUGAACAUAAAGGCCACAGAACUAAGGCUUGGGCCCCCAGGAUCCCUGUCUCUGGAGAGGGGUUCAGAGCGUUGUCCUGUGAGUUCUGCAACAAACGAUGAGAAGCUGCUGUUUCCUCUUCAUCCCUUAAAGGCACUGGUUACAGGCAACAAAAGAGGGUUUUCUGAUGCUAUGAAUGGAACCUCAGAGGGGAAACAUGUCAACGCAUUGGAAGUUAAUACUGUGCUCUCUCCUAGGCCUUCCUCGAACCCAAAUGUCAAAGCUUCAAAAGAAGUGUCUGCAGCAGCCCAACCAACUAAGGUGAAAGAAGCGGUUUACCAAGGUGCUGCACUGGAGAUGCCUCAUGCUCCUAAUGAGAGUCGUCCAGGCCAUGUUGUUGCUACAAAUAACUAUACUAGUGCCCCUGCUACCAAGGCACAAGUUGUUGGUUGGCCGCCUGUCAGACAGAUCAGAAAAAAUACUCUGACGUCCUCCUCAAAGAACACUGAAGAGGUAGAUGGUAAGGCAUCAAAUGGUGCAUCCUUUGUGAAAGUGAGCAUGGAUGGUGCCCCAUACCUAAGGAAGGUUGACCUCAGAAAUUACUCUGCCUACCAGGGGCUCUCAUCUGCUCUUGAGAAGAUGUUCAGCUGCUUUACGAUAGGCCAGUAUGGUUCCCAUGGAGCUCCCGGGGGGGAGAUGAUGAGUGAGAGCAAAUUGAAGGACUUGCUAAAUGGAUCUGAAUAUGUUCUAACUUAUGAGGAUAAAGAUGGCGACUGGAUGCUUGUUGGUGAUGUUCCUUGGGAGAUGUUUAUUGACACAUGUAAGAGGCUGAGAAUCAUGAAGAGUUCAGAUGCAAUUGGGCUAGCUCCAAGAGCUGUCCAAAAAAGUCAAAGCAAGAAAUGAUGCUCGUUGUGCAAUGAUCCUUUCCAGUCCAACAGUGCAUAUUCGGCAAGUUUGUAACUCGCUGUAGGGUUCUUGUCAAAGUGCGGUGAGUCAUAUAUUUAUAUUGUUGGUUUCUGGACAGCGGAUUGUUGGCAGAUGCUUUAUCUCAUUGUUAUAUUGCGUUACUACAAAAUUUUAUGUGAAGUUUGUAAUGUGAUAUGGAGCUCCUCCUUAUUGUCGGGCGACUGUUUGACGCUCUACUUAUUGUGUGGUGUAGAAUGUAGGUGUUGCCUUAUGUAUUUACUUAUCAAAUACUAUUAGUUUGUAAAGUUCGUUCUUAUUGAACUUAAUUAUGUGUGCAAUUUCAAAGACUGCGUUUGCUGCUGUUA